UCUCUAACUAUAGUUUGGGGUAUACGAGCGGAAAAAUUGUCUAAGAACGGUUAUUCGCAUACAUCACGGCCGCGAACGUAUUCGUGCCGUUCGUUCGAUCGGCUUUUGGUCGUUAGCGACGACUCGUGGGAGGCUUCAGGAUCACACAGACGCACACGCCAGCACGACGCCGAGCGUCUCCGUCGUCGAGGGCAAGGAUGCGGCCGGAUUCGCGUAGCGUGUCGUUUACAUUCCACCGGGAAGUGCUGGCUGUGCGAAACUCGCCAGAGAUGGUGGUGCGAAAUUCGCGAAACUUGCGUCAACGUCUGCAGGAUCGAUUCGACAAGGAUCGCUCGGGCGAGAACGCCAAGGAGAAGCCGCCGAAGACUAAGGAAUCCGCGACCGCCGAUCGAUCCUGGAACAACAUCAGUCUUGGCAACGUAUCCGCGGAUUCGCGUAGAGCUCUGCGGAGCGGAGCCGAAAAAUUGUCCAGGACGAUAUCCUCCGUGCGCACCACCUUUGGCACAAUUUCCCAGAAAUUCAGAAGCUCCACACGCAGACGUCAGAGACUAGAAGAGCAGCAGUCACCAGGUUCCAGAAUGCAAACACCUCAGACACGCUCUCGUCAAUUAUUGGGUCGCACACCUACUAAGCUCUACAGCCCCUUUGGCAUCGAGUCACCCAGGCACGCAUGGGACAAAGAGAACGACUCCGCAUCGAUGCAUGGUUCACCGGAAUGUAACACACGCUAUUUACAAUGCAGACCGUUUCGUUUCACAAAAGCUAAAGGAUUCUCCAUGCUUAGAUAAAAGGGAGCGGGCACCUUUCGAGAAUAUUACCAUGUCGAUCUCUUUACUUCCUAGCGGACGCAGUCGGGAUUGCGUGCCUUGUGCAACACGUUAUAUCGAAUACGAUUAAUUUAUGUUCAAUCGCGAGGAGAUCUCCUUGCUGCGAGCAAUCAUGGUUGUCGUGGAGCCAGCAAUGAUUUUAUACAAAUAGCAUAGGUAUUCUGAUUUGUAUACCUUCCACAAUACUCAUUCCAUCGCUUUCUUCACAUAUACACAUAUAUCGUACACUAAUUCUAUUUCUACUUUUUUAUAUACAUAUAUUUAUAUCCGCAAUAUACGAUACAUGCGUAGCAUGCAGGGCCAACGAUUGUUGAUCUGAAUUAUACGUUGAGUGUUGGUAGUUGAAAUAACGUCCAAAGUCUCGUGAUUGUUCGCAAGAGAAUCGCAUCAAUACGACUCGAUGAUUUCUUUCUUACUUUUACUUUAAUGCGCAGCUUCUACAAGAAAGAGUUGCUUGGGUGAAUUCUUUAUUCAGAAAAGAAUGUUUUAAAUUUGUCAUACCGUGAAUACUCGAGCAAUUGUGUUAUUACGUUGUGAUAAUUACUCGUUCGAAAGGAUAGAUGAGAAUACAAGUUUCUCGGCACUGAAUAAAACGCACACUUCAAUUCAAACUAGAUUUCGACAUUAGAUAACAUUUUAACUCUAUCCUUUCCGACGAGAUCGUCAUAAAUGAUCGUCAUCCUUUUAUUGUAUAUUAAUAUAUACUUAUUUAUAUAUUCUGCACGUAUAUAAGGCAGUUUUUGGACUAAAUAAAGUCCAAUGGCCAUUGCUUUAAAAUGAUUAAAGUAAGGCAGCUCUAAUAUACGGCCUUGAUCUAGCCCUGCUCUUAAGCUACCACAUAUCUAAAUCUAAUUUAUUUAUUGGCACAUAAUAAAAUUUUUUAUU